UGAUCAUGGGAAGCUCGGUGAGACUAACGCCAGUUAGCCAGCAACAACUGCCAUAAAUGAAGUAAUUUAGCGACAGUUAGAGCGGCGAUCUACCGGAGGCCACCAUGGCCAACAUCACCAAGAAAGUGUCAUGGUCCAGCCGAGCCGACGAGUCCGGGGCAGUUGGGGAGGGGACACCGCUGCUCAACGGAUCCGAGCAGCGCAGACUCUCCCGACAGCCGUCUGAAGGAGGCAGUAUAUUUCAGAUAGGCAGACUCAGCACGGUGGAUUUGGAAGAGGAGAUAACGUCAGAGGAGGACUCUUUAGCAGGACGGCCCAAAGAGAUCCCUCACAAUGAAAAGCUGCUGUCACUCAAAUAUGAGAGCCUGGACUAUGAUAACAUUGAAAACCAGCUAUUUCUAGAGGAGGAGAGGAGGAUGAGUCACAUGGGUUUCCGUUGUCUGGAGAUCAGUCGCUGGGUGGUCUGCGGUCUGAUUGGCUUUCUAACCGGUCUCAUCGCCUGUUUCAUAGACAUCGUGGUGGAGGAGCUGGCUGGGUUCAAAUACCAAGUGGUCAAAGAGAACAUAGAGAAGUUUACAGAGGUGGGCGGCCUGUCUAUCUCUCUCCUCCUCUGGGCUGUCCUUAACUCUGCCAUUGUCAUGGUGGGGGCCAUCAUAGUUGCAUUUUUUGAGCCCAUAGCAGCAGGAAGUGGUAUUCCUCAGAUAAAAUGUUACCUCAAUGGCAUCAAGAUUCCCAGGGUGGUACGACUCAAGACACUGCUGGUGAAAGUGUUCGGUGUUAUCUGUUCAGUGGUUGGCGGUCUUGCUGUCGGAAAGGAAGGGCCCAUGAUUCACUCUGGUGCUGUUGUAGCUGCAGGCGUCUCCCAGGGCAGGAGUACGUCUUUAAAGAGAGACUUCAAGAUCUUUGAAUACUUCCGGAGGGACACAGAAAAAAGGGACUUUGUUUCUGCUGGAGCUGCUGCCGGAGUUUCAGCUGCUUUUGGAGCGCCAGUCGGCGGCGUUCUGUUCUCUCUAGAGGAGGGAGCCUCUUUCUGGAACCAGAUGCUCACAUGGAGGAUAUUCUUUGCCUCCAUGAUCUCCACCUUCACCCUGAACUUCUUCCUCAGUGUCUAUCACCAAAAACCCGGAGACCUUUCCAACCCAGGUCUUAUCAACUUUGGACGCUUUCAGGGCGACAGCGUGGCCUAUAACCUCUAUGAGAUUCCUUUGUUCAUUGCUAUGGGAGCUAUAGGUGGAUUGCUGGGAGCUCUGUUCAAUGUUCUCAACUACUGGCUGACCAUCUUCAGGAUCAGAUAUGUCCAUCGCCCUUGUUUGCAAAUGAUGGAGGCCAUGCUGGUGGCUGCAGUGACCGCAACAGUGUCAUUCACUAUGAUCUACUUCUCCAAUGACUGUCAGCCUCUGGGGCCAGAGCAUACGGAGGAGUACCCACUGCAGUUGUUCUGUGCAGAUGGGGAGUAUAACUCCAUGGCAACUGCCUUCUUCAACACUCCUGAGAGAAGUGUCCGCAGCCUCUUUCACAACCAGCCAGGAACCUACAAUCCUCUGACCCUGGGCUUGUUCACUCUGACCUAUUUCUUCUUGGCUUGUUGGACCUACGGCCUGGCGGUGUCUGCUGGAGUUUUCAUCCCGUCUCUGCUAAUUGGAGCAGCCUGGGGGAGAUUGUGUGGUAUACUGCUGGCCUCCAUCACCUCCACCAGCUCGAUUUGGGCUGACCCUGGUAAAUAUGCCUUGAUUGGAGCUGCAGCUCAGUUAGGUGGCAUCGUGAGAAUGACUCUCAGUCUGACAGUCAUCAUGGUGGAGGCUACAGGAAAUGUCACAUACGGCCUUCCCAUCAUGCUCGUCCUCAUGACUGCCAAGAUCGUAGGAGACUACUUUGUAGAGGGUCUGUAUGACAUCCACAUUAAGCUGCAGAGUGUUCCCUUCCUACACUGGGAGGCUCCUGCCACCUCCCACUGGCUGACUGCCAGAGAGGUCAUGAGUUCUCCAGUCACCUGUUUGAACAGGAUAGAGAAAGUGGGAAAGAUCGUGGACACCCUUAGCAACACAUCCACCAAUCACAAUGGCUUUCCUGUCGUCGUGCAGGUUUCUGGUAAUGAUGAGCCAGCGAAGCUCUGUGGGCUCAUCCUCCGCUCUCAACUCAUUGUUCUUCUCAAGCACAAGGUGUUUGUGGAGUUAGCCCGGUCCCGGCUGACCCAGAGAAAGCUCCAGCUGAAGGACUUUCGGGAUGCUUACCCCCGCUUCCCUCCAAUCCAGAGCAUCCACGUCUCCCAGGACGAGAGGGAGUGUAUGAUGGACCUCACUGAGUUCAUGAACCCAACGCCUUACACAGUACCACAGGACACAUCUCUGCCUCGUGUGUUUAAGCUGUUCAGAGCGCUGGGACUCAGACACCUGGUGGUAGUGGAUGAUGAAAACAGGGUGAUUGGACUGGUGACCAGAAAAGACUUGGCCAGAUAUCACCUGGGCAAACAUGGACUGGAGGAGCUUCAGCUGGCCCAGACAUAGUACACACACACACACACACACACAAACCCAUGAACUAUGACCACCUGAUGCCUCGUAAAGCUGUUGACCCCCAGCUAUGCAGCCCAAAAGAACACCACUGAGGGAUAAGAGAUCACUUUUAUUCUUUUACUCCAAAAUGAUCACCAUGACAACACAGGGCCACUCCGAUCCACAAACCUGGGUUAUUAACAAACAGUCAGAUUCAUCUGUCUUAAAUGUCCUUGGUGUAAAAAUUGGUUAAAGAUGUGUGAAAUGAUUUACUGUGAAGUCCCUGAACUCUGGUUUUAUGCAAGACUUCCAUUAUUUCUUUUUCACUUUUUUUUUUUAGUUUUUUUUGCGGCUGCUGUGCUGAGGCAUCAGUGGUUUAGUGAUAGUUUAGCACGAGGAUUUGUUAGAAAAACUGUUUGCUUCAUCUGAGAGUUUCCUGUUUCCAUCGACCUCAGUCAAGACGUUCUAUGAACGGUGUCACAUAAGUUGAAAAUAAUAAAAAUACAAUUAAUCAAAAUAGUAAAUCAUAAAAAUGAUUAUAUUAUAAAGAAAGAUGAGAAGAGUCAGUUUGAUCUGUGUUGGCUUGUAAACAGAAGCAUCUGCACAUAAUUUCUCUCUCUGUUCUUACUCCUCAAUAUCGCACAAACAAGUAAUGAAGUAAUGUUGUGAUAAUGAAGUGGUACAUUAUUAACCAGUGAUAACAUUAAUUAUAUUUUAAAUAAUGGAGAUUAAUGCGUCUUUAUGUCUUGCUAUUGAACGAAACAAGACAUUUAAACUGGUUUACUUUGAAAACCUGAUUUUGAGUGAGCUUCCAUAUUCACUUUGGAAAUUCACCAUUUAAGGUUUUCUUUGGCAAUGUUAGCAAAUUUAGUGUUUUCUGUUUUUUUUUGUAGAUUUGCACUGAAAAAAAUGUUAUUUAUUGUUGUUGAGGAAUACUUGUUUUAGUUUUAAGUUGAUGGUUUGGAAAGAAAGUUUGUUUUUCACAUGACAUUUCACAAGACAAGAUUCAAGAAAGGAGAGGGGACUCGGUGGUCACCUGAUUUUUCUUUGGCGAUUGUCUGAUUUGACUACAAGAUGAAGACAGUUUCAGUAAAGAUCUGUUAUAACAUGAAGAUACAGAUCCACCUUCGUCUUCUUCCUCUUUCUGUAAGCUUUACUGAACACACACACACACACACACGUAUUUGUACUACUGUCAGUAAAUAUGGUACUCACAAACGUAUUUCUUUUUUUUUUAUCACUACCAGAUGUUUUGCAAUUUUACCUCCUGCUGAAAAAAAGUAUCUUGAUGAAGUACCAACAAGUGUCCGUCAUGAAGCUCUAUAUGAAUGUAAAACUGUUUACAACACAUCCUCCAUUUAAACUAAUCAGUUUGUUCUUGCGUUACCCAAUUGGGGUAACUCACAAAACACAAAUAUUCAGAUUUAUAAUUAUUUUAUUUUGUCAAUUUGCGAAUCUAACAUUUGUUCAGUUAGCUGUGUUGAUUAUUUUCUUCGCGCGCUUCAUUGUUUUUUCACUUUGAUUUUGUCUCUUUCUUUGUUUUAGAUGUUAAAAUAUCAGCUAUGCUCUAUUUUAUAAGCACUGGAUAAGCCUUUUGUGAAUUAAUAAAGUUGAAAUUUAUCUGUUGGUA